GAGAGCUCAGCAUGUUUGAGAGCUGAGAGAGCGAGAGCAGCUGUUAUCUCUUCCCCUUUGGCUGCCGCGUCUCUCGACCAUCCAGCUGCUUCCUCUCUCUUUCGGGAGAAGUGGACGGACCGAGGGUGGAGCUGGCUUGGUCCUGGGCCUUCGAGCCCUCCCUGCCUCCUGUACCCUCAUUUCAGUGGCCUCAAGCCACUCCCGUAGUCAUCCCAACCUGCCACCUGUUUCGUUGUUCUGUUCAGAGGGGUUUGUUCUGUAUCGCUUUGCUUCGCCCUCCUCACUGUCAUCCUGCCCUGGCCAUCGUUUAGAGUUAAGGGUUGUUUUUGCAGAGAGCUACCUGAUCGGGGCUGCAAAAUCCGGAUGACCAGUAGAUGGCAGCAAAAAGGAAAUCCUGCCUCUUCUCUGUCGCCUUAAUAGUUGGCCGGAUUUUUGUACCCUAGAUCUGGUAGCCCUGGUUUUGGUGGCUGCAGCUUUUCCUGCUACUCCCUGUCCUCCAAACCCAGUUUAACAGUUGCUUGAAGUUCAAAAAGGAGAUUCAUUGAAGCGGAAGACUACACUUGUUGAACUUCUGUUUAGUGAAAAAUGAUGUUAAGGAAAGAGGAAAUGCAAAGCAAGGGUUCCAACUUCCUGACGAAGCAGUUAGAAUCUUGUUAUGUUUCUACGACAGGGAAGAACCACGUUUUCUAAUCACGUCACCCAUCGAUUUGCCUACAAUUUAUUAUGGGUGAACAGCCUUUCUCCAGCCUGAUCUUAUGGACUCUUUAAGAAUUCACUGCAUGAAUGUCUUAUUUGGAUGAUACGUUCUGGUAUAUUCUUUCUUUGACAUCACAGUGCUGGAAAAAACAACAACUGAAGCUGAGUAGGACAACAUGAUUCCUUUCCUGACUUUCGAUGUUGGCCGUUCGCGUCUGGUUCACUUGUUCAAUGGAACAAAUGAUACUUUCUCUCCAAAUGGGACCUACUGUUACAGCUCUGCACGAGGAAGUACUGUACUUCAAGGAAUAACCUUUGGUGGGGUCCCUACUGUCCUGCUGCUUGAUGUAGCUUGCUUUUUGAUAUUGAUGUUGAUAUUUUCCUUUAUUAGAAGAAGACUUUGGGAUUAUGGUCGCAUUGCAUUAGUAUCAGAAAGGUUUCAUGAAUUAUCUGAAUCCUCCCCCAUUCUUGAAGAACCUGAUUCUGAUGAGGGGUUCUGUUCUUGGAUGGUCUCUGCCUUUCGCAUGCAUGAUGAGGAGAUUUAUGAAAAAUGUGGGCAUGAUGCCAUUACUUACCUCGCCUUUCAGCGCCAUCUCAUCUGCCUCUUGAUUGUGGUCAGCAUGUUGUCUUUGUGUGUUAUACUUCCUGUAAAUCUAUCAGGUGACUUACUUGAUAAAGAUCCCUAUAGCUUUGGAAGAACUACUAUAGCAAACUUACGAACAGGGAAUAAUCUUCUCUGGCUGCACACAGUUUUUGCUGUGAUUUACUUGAUUUUAACAGCUAUCUUUAUGAAACAUCAUAUGGGUGCCAUUAAAUACAAAAAAGAAAGCAUAGUGAAGCGCACAUUGUUCAUAACUGGCCUUCCCAAAAAUGCCAGCCAAACAGCCAUCGAAAAUCACUUCAAGAUAUUCCAGUAACUGGAUUAGUCCCUCUGUGGGCAGCAGGCAGGUGCAAUCCAUGGGAAGGAGCUGUCUUCCGUACCCCAGACUGGACCUCUGUGACAUUGGCUCAGGAAAUCGGUGCAUAGCUCUGUGCAGCUCUGUGGUUAUUUUAAAAGUUAUGCCUGUGUUUUAGUCAGGAACAGAAUUGUGCGCAUGGAAAUAGGGAGGUAAUUAUCUUUU